AUGGUAUUGCUUGCAUAUACUAUAGGAGCCUUGUCCCUGGUUCUUCACCUUCUAGUCACAGCACUAGCAACCGAGCCCAGAUACUCUGUUGUUGAACGCCUGGAAAAGAUUCCGGAUAACUGGGUAGAUGUUGGGACGCCUUCCCCGUCAAAGCCGAUCGAACUUCAGCUAGCAGUGCAUCCUGAAAAAGUAUCGGAAUUUGAACAAAGGGUCAUCGAAAUAUCUACUCCAGGAAACCAGAACUACGGAUGUCACAUGAGUCGUGACGAGAUCCGAAACUUCUUAUAUCCAUCUGAUGUAGCUCCGCAGAAGGUCCUCUCUUGGCUUGAAGCUGCGCAUGUACCUGCUGCAUCUAUCAACAAUCAAGCAGGCUGGCUUAGUUUUACCGUUUCAAUUUCGCAAGCAGAGCAGCUGUUGAGGACGCGGUUCUAUAUCUUUGAACACAAAAAAUCGAAAGCAACCAUAGUCAGGACUCUCAAAUAUUCGGUGCCCAAGGAAAUUCGGUAUUUUGUUCAGAUGAUUCAGCCAACAACCCGAUUUGGGCAGCUUAUGCCGCAAGCUGAGCCGCCACUCCUUCAAGCGCUGCCUGUCACCCUCAAAGAUCCAGUUGCAGGCUGUUCAUCAAUAGUCACCCCUAGCUGUCUCCGCGACCUCUAUGGAAUCCCUGAUUCCAAACCCAAGCCAGACCGUCAUAACAGGCUGGGGGUAUCUGGGUUCCUGGGUCAGUAUGCACGCUAUAGCGACUUCCAUCAGUUCUUGCGCCUCUAUGCACCGAAUAUCACAGACACUAACUACACCGUGGCGCUCAUCAACGGUGGCCUCAAUUUGCAAGAUUCUGUGGAGGACAGUUCCGAGGCAAGCUUGGACAUCCAGUACGCUGCUGCGCUAGCCGACAACCCCUUCACCACCUUCUAUAGCACCGCCGGGCGUGGCCCUGUCAUCCGUGAAUUAGGGCAUGAUGACGCAGGUGACCCUCACGAGCCGUACCUGGAACAGCUUCGCUAUCUGUUAGAUCUCCCCGAUGACGAAUUGCCUUCUGUCCUAACUACGUCAUACGGUGAAUUAGAACAGAGCGUGCCCGAAAUAUAUGCGAGAACCACAUGUAACAUGUUUGCUCAGCUGGGAGCGCGCGGAGUGUCUCCACUUUACCCGGCAUCAUGUCCUUUCGUUACGUCCGUGGGAGGCACCUACGGCAGGGGGCCUGAAAGGGCGAUUGGCUACUCCACAGGCGGUUUUUCAGAGUACUUCCCGCGUCCUUCCUACCAGGAUGGCAGUGUCCACCAAUACCUCAGUCAACUGGAAUCCAGAUGGGAAACACUCUACAAUCCCAAUGGAAGGGCGAUUCCCGACGUUGCUGCUCAGGCGGAUCAUUUCAUCAUCAUGGACCAUGGACAGCUGCUGAAGACUGGAGGCACCAGUGCCGCGGCGCCUGUAUUUGCUGGUAUUGUCUCCCGGCUGAAUGCGGUUCGACUGGAGAAUAACAAGCCGCGGCUGGGGUUCCUCAACCCUUGGCUCUAUUCUCUCAACCAGACGGGGUUUACCGACAUCGUCGAUGGAGGAUCGGUAGGGUGUUUUGGCGAUGUUGGGCGGGAGUCCACAUCCCAAAUUAGACCCAUUAUGGCAAACGGUGCCGACCUCCGGACCCAGGUCUCCGAGCUUCACAACGCUCUCAAUCGGAAACAGUUCGAUGCGGCCAACGACCUUCUCAGUCGCGCCAAGCGGACCCUCCUUCUGCAGAAUGCCCUCAUCCCCACAUCGUCGACAUCACCGGAGCUGAUUGCCCUUGCCCGGGAGGUGCUGGAGCUCGGCGCUCUGUCCUCCAUCCGCCAAACCGACGCACCCUCUUUCACACGCUACUACCAGCAGCUGCAGCCUUUCUACGACCUGGAGAGAGACAGCGCCAAUGCCGGAAAGGUGGACUUCAAGACCAGUCAACGCAGCAAGAUCACGGGGCUAUACCUUCUGCUGUUGCUGAGCAUGGGCGACAGCACGAGUUUCCACACAGUCUUGGAGGGUCUGGUUGAGGAGGCGAGUCUGAAGGGCAAGAGCAUUGAGGACGACCCAUGCAUUAAGUACCCGGUGGAGCUGGAGAGAAACUUGAUGGAGGGCAGCUACGAUAAGGUGUGGAGAGAGACCAAGUCCGAGAGAGUUCCCUCAGAGGAUUUCGGCUUGUUCUCGAAUGUUCUGGUUGGAACCAUCCGCAGCGAAAUCGCCGACUGCUCCGAGAAGGCGUACCCCUCGCUCCCCAUCUCCAACGCCAAGAACCUUCUCUUCCUCGAGUCGGAGGGCGCGGUCAUUGAGUUCGCUCAGCAGCGCGGAUGGGUGCUUCGUGACGGACGGAUAUACUUCCCUGUUGAGCCGGAGGCCGCGACGCGGUCCGAAAAGGACAUCCUGGUGGCCAGCACCGCAAUCAUCGAAAACGCGAUCGGCUACGCUCGCGAACUCGAGACGAUUGUUUAA